AUGGAGCAAAUGUCGGGGAUAUUAAAAACAAGACUGUCCCGAGAACACCACUCCGAGUGUCUCGUCUUCGUCAUCGCCACCUCAUUUGUCAAGAAUAAACCACUCCAAGCAAUCACAGAGGUCCUCGUAAGAGUAAUCGAUAUCAACGACAACGAUCCGAAUUUCGAUUUACAACUCUACCACAAACGUGGGACCUUCGAUCAUCGGCGUCGUGGCAGCAAGGGAUUCCGAGUCGAAUUCCAGAAAAUAUCAUCUGAUUCUGGAGGCGAUGGCGACGGCAAACCGAAAAGACUUGGAAACACGACAGUCGUUAUCAAAAUUAUGGAUGAGGAUAAUAAUGCUCCCCGAUUCUCCAAAAUAUUCCACGUGAAGAUUCCAGAAAACGUGGCGAUCGGAUUAAAAGAGGACAUUUCAUUCCAAGUCGAGGAGGAGACUGGUAUGGUGUCUGUCAAUGAUACUUUGGAUUAUGAGAAGCAACGUCCGCUUGACCGAUGGGGCACUGCUGCGACAGAAGUUCUUUCCUCGGAGAGAAGAAACCCAGUGGAAUGUCGUUCAUACAUUUGGUGUGUUAUUCUGCAGUAUUCGAUUCACAUUUCACUUCACGCUCAAGCGGAUUACGCUAUCAACAUUAGAUCAUGA